AAUUAUCUUUUAAAUCCUAAACUGGGCUUUUUCCUGCUUGUUUGUUUUACUGCAUGUAUGCACUCUAUUGUGCUUGUAUACACUUGGCUUGUAAUUUUUUUAUUCUUUUCUACCCACAGUACCUCAGGCACUCAGGAAGAGGUUAACCGGUGGUCAACUUUUCUUCAUAUCAGUGUUCAACUCCACUGAGAAGCCACAUAAAACUAUGGCUUCAAAUAUUGAUAUAUAUUUUUUUUCAUGUCUGCCUUUCAGUAUUUUGCUGACCCCAAAUGAAAAGAAACCUUUAAUGUAAGUCUGAAGAAGCAACUCUCAAUAAAAAGAGGCUACAGAGUUGCAAGCUCAAACAUCAAAACAGGCAAAACAUCAUAUACUGACCUAAAAAAGCGAAAAAAAGUCAGACAAAAUGACAAAUUAAAUAGGCGAUUUUUAUUUCAGUUCAAAAAUCCCAGUGUUAUGAGCAAAAAUAAAAUAAAAUGCUACAAGAGGUUUUGUUGUUUGUACCAUAUUAGAGGCUGUUUGCCCUGUCCGUGGUGCUGAAACGCUCCAUAAGCUCAGCAGCAGAGCUUUUCUGACUGCUUCAACCCUUUACGCCUGUGACUAAACUGAAAAGUGUUUCUACACGCAGAACACAGCUUGGACAUGGCAGCCAAAUCCUGCCGGGACUCCAGUGUGAAAAGAAAAAAAAAUCCCCAGCCUCAAAUCAAUGACAUGGUUUGUGGCGAGGAGAGGGAGAGGGGGCGGUGUCUGAUGACCAGAGAGGAGGAGGAGGAGGAGGAGAAAGCUCCUGGUUGUCUCGCUUUCGCUGCUCCGCUUCACCGUCAGUGCUGUUGGGGCGCUACCAGGGUGCCGUCGUGGACUUAUUAUCUUUGUUGAAGGAAUUACGCACCAACGCGCGCGCCGACGGAUAAGAAAAUGCUUUUCUGUCUCCUACCUGUCGUGGCUCUCUUGCUGGGCAGAGAAACAGCAGUCUCCGCUAUCAGUAACGACAAAUGGUUGGGCACCGUGGCUCAGUACAACAAGGACAGAUCCUGGAACAGAUUCAGAGAUGAAGCAGAGGAUGACUACUUCAAAAGUUGGGUUCCUGCUAAAUCUCUCGACCACGAGCGAGUUACAGAACCUGGGAGAUACGGAGAUCCAGCUACUAUUACACACUCAAGCUCAGCCAAGAAGGUGCAACAGAACGGGCCAGAUACCACCAAGGACCCAUGCCUGAGGCUCCACUGUCCUUCUCACAAGGUGUGCGUGAGCCACGACUUUCAGACUGCCAUUUGCAUCAAUCAAAAACAACCUGGCCACAGUGUGAAAGCCAGAAAAGGCAGUGUAAACCCCAAACAUAAACCUGAAGCCGGGGUUCAUGGGAAAUGUAGGCUUUGUUCAGCCUUGAAGACAUUGCCUGUUUGUGGCUCUGAUGGACACAGUUACUCUUCAAAGUGUAAGUUGGACUUUCAUGGCUGCAUGUCUGGGAAAGUAAUCUCAGUGAAAUGUAAGGGACUGUGCCCCUGCUUGCCUCAUUACGAGAGCACCAAACCCCCUCAUGAUUCUGAGAAGACAACUUGCACUGAUUCCGAGCUGCACAGUUUGGCUGCAAGACUGAAGGACUGGUUUGGAGUUCUCCACCUCGACGCCAACAGAGAUCUCAAAUCUGACAGCCUUGACUCCACCGCUGGACACUUUGACACCAGCAUCCUGCCCAUUUGUAAGGACUCACUUGGCUGGAUGUUCAACAAGCUUGACAUGAACUUUGACCUGCUGCUGGACCAUUCAGAGCUGAGUGCCAUCUACUUGGACAAGUACGAGCUGUGCAUGAAGCCUCUCUUCAACUCCUGUGACUCCUUCAAGGACGGCAAGCUGUCUAACAACGAGUGGUGCUACUGCUUCCAGAAGCCUGAAGGUCUGCCGUGCCAAAGUGAGAAGAGCAGGAUCCAGAGUCAGAGUCGCAGAAAGAGCCUUGUAGGUUCCUACAUUCCUCGUUGUACUGAGGAGGGUUACUAUAAACCAACGCAGUGUCACAGCAGCACCGGCCAGUGUUGGUGCGUGGACAAAUACGGCAACGAAAUCGCUGGCUCGAGAAAACAGGGCAACCCUAAAUGCGACGAGGACCAUGAGACAUCAGGGGAUUUUGGCAGCGGCGAUGCAGUUCUUCUCCUUGGCGACCAGGAGGAGGAGCCAUCACAGGUUGGCCGGAGCCAACAGAAGAAGAGACGGGGCCGAAUCCACCCUCGGGGAACCAUCGAAGACGAUGAAGACGAGGAAGAGGACAAGGAUGAUGAAAUUGGCUACAUCUGGUAGCUCACUUUCAUGAUAAUUUGCCAUCAUCUGACCAGGAAAUUAACUCGGCACAGAUCUGAAGCCAUUCCAGUGUCUCUUCCUCCACUUUCCUCGGCAGCAGUCCAUUGUUUGGUUCUUCAACCGGCCCUAUAAAUUCUGUCUCUCAUCCUAAUCUCUCGCCCUUCAGACAAGUCUUCAUCGUCGACAUAUUCAGAGAACUAAAUAGAGUCCAACUAUUGUGAAGCCCCUUAAAAUUACUUCCAUUUGUCCACCUCUUGCUUUGACCUUCGCUAGAACUUUGACCCCUUUCAACCAUCGGAUUAUCCUUUUAUCCGUGUAUCUCCAUCCUCUCUAGUUGCUGUUUGUCCUUAUCAGUCUCUGGUCAGUCUGUGAGCCAGGAAACAUUUGCAGAUGUACUGGAUGUAAAUAUGGUUUCUCCAGGGAAGCUUGAUUGCACAUUCUUCUCCUGGUUGAUUCAUCAGCAGUUCAUUCUCUUGUCCUUUGUUUCAACAUUGGGCUCCUUCCAGUAUUCAACAAUGUUUCAUUGAUGCCACAGUUCCAGCCUCUGAGAUGCCCCCGCUCCCCUCUCUAUUGUUUCACGGAAGACUGUAAAUUAUUUAAUUGUUGAAUGUUCCAGAAAGUCCAGGAAGCAAUGAGAUUAAUGAUGUAUUGUCGUUGUUGUUGCAUGUUUCUCAUCGUGUAUCUGUAAAAGAGAGAUUUACCUGGCCAGGUCCAGCUCUAUGCAUCUCAAACAGAAAGUGAUGCCUAUUUGGCUGCUACUGUACUAUGUUGCUAUGUUAAUGCUGUUUAGUGUCCUUUUGGUUCUCCCAAUCUCAGGAGAUAGGAAGCUGCAUUGCAGAGGGAUAGCAGUAUGGAAAAAAAAAAGGUGAACUGCAAGGUCUGCAUUGCAAGCCUCAGCCGGCUGCUCUUUUGCUUUUUGCUCAGUAGGCCUGUCAGGCCUUUUGACUGCUUAUGGACACCAGAGGAAGACGCUGCUCCUGAGCUGGGAGGACAAACGACGUCAAGCAGAGACGCCUGCUCUGCCUCCCAACAUUGGAUUUGUUCAGUGAUAUGAAAAUUGAAAUGUUCACCAUGUCAACAACGUGAAGUUUUAUUUGUAACUUUGAAAAUUUAAGUAAAGUGGCACAUUGAGUGUCUUUUGAACCUAA